AUGUCAAGUAUACUUUUCAAAGUGUCUUCCUACCUACGUGUGCUUGGAAAAUACAUUGGCCCCGGCUUUAUGAUCGCUGUUGGAUAUCUUGAUCCAGGAAACUGGGCAACAGAUAUGCAGGGUGGAUCUGAGUAUGGCUAUCGACUUUUGUUCAUCAUCCUCAUGUCCAACCUUGUCGCUAUCUUUCUUCAAAACCUGACAAUUCGAUUAGGCACUGUUUCUGGGUAUGACCUGGCCUCAGCUUCUCGGCGCUUCUUCCCAAAAUGGAUCAAUUUGAUUUUAUAUGUCCUCGCAGAAAUAGGUAUCAUUGCUACCGACAUUGCCGAGGUCAUUGGCAGUGCGAUUGCCCUCAAUCUUUUGUUUCCAAAACUGCCAUUACCUGCAGGUGUCGCCAUUACAGCCGCUGAUGUACUUCUUGUUCUCAUGUUCUAUAAUGAGGAACCUGAGUCUGAAGGAAGUCAGACAGAAUCCUCUUCUGCGCGUUUGGUCCGUUACUUUGAGAUAUUUGUUAUGCUUCUUGUCCUAGCAGUCGGUGUUUGCUUCGUGAUUGAACUAGCAUACUCCGAUAUAGUGGCUGUGGAUCUCUUUAAGGGGUUUUUGCCUUCCAAAGAAAUAUUCACUGACGCAGGCUGUCUAUAUUCCGCAAUUGGAAUUAUUGGAGCUACAGUAAUGCCACACAAUCUCUACCUCCACAGCUUUAUUACUCAAGGCCGAUGCCAAGAAUGGCGUUCACGUAGACCCCGCGGGGACAUCAAACCCUUGGUUGUAGACCCGGAUACCAUUUCGAUUUCUUUGGAACGAGAUACGUCUCAAAAGGUCGAUGUUCCUUAUCUGGCAAGAUAUAUCGAGUCCAAUAUGAAGAACAACCUUCACUAUGGUCUUGUAGAUCUUGUAUUUGCGCUCUGUUUUGCGUUUUUUGUCAACUGUGCUAUUCUCAUCGUCGCAUCAUCAAAUUUCUUUUAUGGUCCAAAUACACAACGCCAAAGCGUCCAAGAUCUCUUCAGCGCGCACGACCUACUGAACACUUAUUUGGGUCCACCUGCUGCCAUUGUAUUUGCCUUGGCCCUCCUCUGUGCAGGUCAGUCAAGUACACUGACAGCAACCUUAGCAGGUCAGGUGAUAAUGUCUGGAUUCCUCGGUAUGUCGUCUCGUCCUUGGGUACGUCGUAUCCUCACCCGGCUUGUGGCAAUUGUGCCUGCAAUGGUUGCAGCCUGUGUCACAGGACGCGAAGGUCUCAGCACAAUGCUGGUAGGAAGUCAAGUGGCACUGAGUAUCCAAUUGCCAUUUGCUGUUGUCCCUUUGAUCAUUUUUACAUCCAUGGAACGCUGCAUGAAGCUUGACCUUGUUGUUGAGCACAAAGAUCUGCAACCCAGACCAUACCAGGAGAAGUCGCACAAAUGGCCAAAACCUAUCAUCGUCAAGAAUGGUUUGAUCACCAAAAUCGUUGCAAUUAUAUUAUCAACAAUCUUGAUUGGCUUGAAUAUCUAUAUGGUAGUAGCUCUAGGACUUGGUAUAUAA